AGGAGGGAUGGAGAGAAUAAAAGAGGGAAGGGACAAAAGGAGAGAUCCCAUGAACUGCUGCAACCACAUUAUACCUCAACUGAAGUCCAUCAGUCAGCACCUCCAAACUCAAUACAAUGGAAUCUGCUAUCAAUGUCCUUGUCUCCCAGUUUAAGACCUUUGCUGGAAAGGAUGGAUCCUCUAACACCCUGAGCAAAGCCGAGUUCAGCAGCCUGGUGGCUUCUCAACUUCCCACAUUUGUCAAGAACGCCAGCGAUCCGAGUGUGAUUGAGCAGCUCAUGGGCUCAUUGGAUGAAAAUAACGAUGGAGAGCUGACAUUCCUGGAAUUCUGGCAGCUAAUUGGAAAACUAGCCAACAAGCAAGGGGGCUUUUAGCCAAUGAAAACACUGUGGGGCUGGAUUGAAGAGUCUGUAGAAUUGUGCAACCCGCUGCAGUCCAAUUCUAUUAUCCCUGUGUUUAUGAUGAUCACUGCUAGUUACCAGAGCCACAAAGUCAUUCCAUGCCUAUUUCUAAAACACCUCUUUUUAAACCUAACCUUAACCCUAACUACACUGCUAACCUUAUAACCCCUAGCCCUAACCUUAAAUUCAUGAUUUAUUUUCAUUUAAGAGACAUAUUUGACUUUGUGGUUGUUUUAUCUACUGGGGUCCUAUUGCUUAUCUGAAUUUGCAUGCAUCUGUAUUUGAUUUAUCCCAAAGCAAGCAACAUUUCAGAUAAAUUAAUAAAGAAUAAUUUGUCAAACCUCUGCAUUUUGCCCUUAUCCCAUUUUUCAGAUUUCUGCGACUAUUUCAACCCACUAAAUCCCACAAUUAUUUUAUCAAACAUCUGCAAUAGUUAUGUUCCUGCUUUUUUUGUAAAUGAUAUUUCUUUUUUUCAAAUCAUAGUGUGAAGUGAGGUGAACUGGUUCUACUCAUUAUGCAUAACAUGUAAACCCUGUUACCAAAUAGCUAGAAAUGUGUUAACAUUUCUUAUUAUUUUGUGAAACAUACAUUUCAUUUACCUUGUCAUAAAAAGAUUGUUAAUAUAAAAACCUCCAGCCAGUCCAUUUUAUUGGAACAUACUAAAGCCCUCUUGUAUUUUUUAUGCAGUGAUAGUGCACUCUGUCUGCAAUCUUUUAUGAGAUGCAAACAUGUUCUUUAUGACUGAAUGUGAAAUAUUAGGUAAAGGUAAUAGUUAUACUACCAACAAAAAUUUACUCUUUGUUGAAUGACUCAUCUCGUCAUAAAUCCCCUUCUUCCUUUUGUCUUAUUUGGUUCAGUGGCCUUUAUUAUAUGACAUCCAUUACUCAGACACAAACUGGUCAUCUGGCAAUUCUGGCAAAUGAUAGAUGGGCUGGUACAUCUUUAUUUCAGUGGGUGUCUAAAUUAGCCCUUUUGCUUCACUGGAAUACCUCAUGGGAUUUACUUUGUUGCCUAGAUUGGGAAAUGGCCAGAUUUUUGUAUUUUUUUUGUCCAUCUAGCCCUGUCCACUACCCUCUUGUAUAUUCACUCAUUAGGUGAGGCUUCAUUACAACCUUGAUAUAAUUUCUAGAAUUGUACUGUAACCCUACUCUGCUAGCACAACACCAGGCCCACUGAUCGUAUUCCAUAGCGGUGCAUAUUGCCUAUAAAAUGCUGCUUUGCCAAGCAUUGCAGAUUUAUGUAAAUGCAGUCUAUCAUCACAGUGUCUCCAUUACCAGUUUUACCAUAUGUCAACAAGUUAAAUACAAAAGACCUGCUUGGUGUCUGUACAAACA